AUGGGGGCUGCCCCCAGCGAGCCGGCCGCGGCCCCCACGCCGAACCGCGCCGCGGCCGUUGCCGCUGCCGAGCGGGAGGCCACCACCGUGCCGUGCAGCGCGGCUGCCCCCCCGCCAGCGCCGUCGGUGAGAAGUCCCUGUCCCACCGCACCGGAGCACUCGACUGAGGACGAGCCCGAUGCCGUUGCGUGGCCAAAUGUGUUGCCGUGUUUUCCACCGAGACCGCAGUUCCAGAAGCAAAUCGGAGAUACCGCUCCUUUUCUGCGCUUGCGCCGCGAGAAAUCCAAGUUGUACGAUUUGCACGAGGCAUUGUUCGUGGUGGUGGAGAACAUCUCAGAUUUUCCAGUUCUUGUCAUGCCCAGGGUAUGCCGUGGUCGCUUCAUGAAAGGGGAGGAGGACAUGGUUAGUCAGUUGCUUUUUCCAGGGCAAACGUACCAGCUGACACGACUUUCGACAGACAAGGAACAUUAUCGUAUGGAUUGCUACGCGUCAGGCUUGCCGCACUUCCCUUGCAAUGGGGUUUCCAAACGAGUUGACCCCACGUGUAUCGCUAUCGUUUGCCAGCCAGCAUUCCGUGAUUCGAAUGAUUGGGAGCCCAUGGGCAGCGAACGCGGCUUAUCGCACCCUGAAGGUUGGGUGGUGUACAUCGACCACCUCGAGGAUUGCUACGUAAAAUUUGAGCUCAUGCGGACUUGUAAGUAUGUCGACGACCGCAGGCCUCUCAAGAUGAUUAACACAUCAUUGGAUGGCAUCCGCUAUUGUCAGGACAGUUGUGGAACCACAUUUCGCGAUGGCCGAUCUCUAAAAGCUACGGUGAAGGAGCUGAAGGAUGGCACCAUAACUGUCGCUGACCUUGGCAUCCGGGUCGUCGAAUUCGGUUCCAUUUACUUUGCUCUGGACAAUCGCCGCUUGAGAUGUGCGAAGCAGGCGUUCCCCUCAGGAACGCAUCCUAAGCAUUCUGUUGCCGUGCUUCUCGCUGACCUGCGCGAUCCCAGAAUAUCGAAGGAGUGGGAAGCCAAAUUUACCGCUGGCACGAGGAUUGCUACGCACGAGGAGGUGAGAAAGAAAGACAGACGCGGUGCGCACGAGUCGACCCCCGCGGUCCGGCAGAAGCAACAGAGACAGGCGCGACAGACACCACCUAUGGAGUCUCCUGAUGUCAGGCCAGACACAAGUGUGAAAUUCUAG